GACAUCAUAACUAGCCACCACACUGAUUUACGUAACUAGCCAUUACAUAUAGCCAUAAUUAACGUAGCCUACAUUCUUUAAUAGCCUUCAAAUACCUUGUGUCGGGUCGCUCUGUGGACUGGAUGCUUUCUGCUGAGAUGCUGAAGCACAGACGUCGUGUUAUUGUGGUAGGUUAGUUCGGUUUUACAACAGACACACAGUACAGAGUUUCGUGGACACUUUCUGUCGCUGUCUCUGGCCUGUCUCUUCUCUGUCCUCAAACAAAUUCUCGCCGUGACCUUUUGGGGCUCCGUAGACAACCAUGACAACACAGCAAAUGACAAAGUAGAUGAGAUGGAGGAGAGUGCAGCUAAAGCCAAGUGUGAUCCAGUGAAUGAACCUGUCAAAGCUCAACACUCAGAGGAGAAUGAUGAAAGCACAGGAGGAGAGUCUGAAAUCAAGUCUGUACCAUCUGCAGCCAAUGAAAUAGUGAUGCCUGAACUCAUGCUUGUGUUAAUUGGUGACACAAAGACCAUUGAGAUUGGAUCAAAAAACAUCUUACUUGACCAUGAAGAGCAAGUAAAUAUGAUUUCAUCCAAACUGUAUGAUUUGUGUGGCCGGCACAUCUCUGUCAUUAACAUGCUCGGUGUAGAAAACACUGACAAAUUCCCAUUAUAUCAGGGAAUUCAUGCCUUUCUCUUACUGUUACCAAAUGGUCUGCAUAACAGCCAUUACAGUUCAGGAGUGCAGUGGUUAGAAAAAGCUUUUGGGAAAGGAUCACUUGCUUAUUUAAUGACAGUUGUGACUCAUGAGUCAGAUGAAAAAUGUGAAAGUGCAUUGACAGACCUGAAAGCCAACAGCAGUUUUGUUGAAAAACGAUACCAAACAUGUACAAGAAGUAUGAUGGAUGAAAAAGAGAUAAUAGCCCUGCUGGAAAAAGUAGACAUCAUGGUCUCUGAAAAUGAUCCCCACUGCUACAGUAGACUGAUGCGUGAUGGAAAUAAAGAGCAGAAAGAACACCUGGACAACAAAUCCCACGAAGAAGAAAGGAUCGAUUCCUCAGUGUUUCAGCAAAAUCAAACAGUAGAGGAGUUGGAGGAGAAUGCACAUGAAAUCAAGGUAAAGUGCCAUCCAGUGAAUGAACCUGGAGAUGUCGAACACUCAGAAAAGAAUGACGACAGCAGAACAGUGGGAGGAGAAACUGAAAUCAAGUCUGUAAUACCAUCUGCAACCACUGAGAAAGGAGCGGCUGAUGAAGCUGAAGAAGUCAACAAUGAAAGCAGCAGUAAUAUGAGUGAGCGGUCCAUGGGGGAGAGUGAUGCAGUGAAGGACGCAAGUCCAACAUCUCCCACUGUUUCAACAGUGACCAAAGAACUAGACGAGCUGGAGGAGAGUGCAGCUACAUCAGAGGUAAAGUAUGAUCCAGUGAAUGAUCCUGGUGAUGUUGAACACUCAGAGAGGAAUGACGACAACAUAACAGGCAGAGAAUCUGAAACCAAGUCUGUACCAUCUGCAGCCAACAAGAAAGGUACCUUAGAUAUGGAUAUGAGUGGAAACAAGGAUAAGCAGUCAGUGAAGAUGUCUGAAGAGAUCAACAGGAAGAAACAAUAUCAAAGAGAAACUGAAAGGCUGCUUGGCAGACUUCACCUUCAAGACAAACAUCAAGACAAGUUGUCACCAGUAGAUUUUCUUAGAAUAGGUCCACCUGUGAAACAGGACCAUGACACAUCUGAGAAAGAACUAGCUCAUACUUUUCUUCAGAGGUUGAUGAUGUUAGACCACAGAGCCAGAUAUAUUCCUGUAAGACAAGACAGUCCUGAGGUGAGCCAGUCAAAGCCUGUUCCAGAGUUUGACACUGUUGAGACAGACGACGAUGACUUUUUAGAUGCUUUUUACAGCACCAGUGUAGACUCUGAUCAACCAAAACAGACUCAUGUGCAUCCUAUGGACGUUCAAAUGGCAGUAUUUCACUGCUCAGACAGUUUCCUUAAGCAGAACAUGAUUACAAAGCUAUCACAAUGUCAGUACGCCUUACCUUUGCUUGUUCCUGACCCAGUCACAAUGGAAAUUGACUGUCCUCUGUGGACAUUCAGACAAAUAAUAAAAACAUGGAAGAUAACUCAAAUCAAAGAUAAUUCAGACAUUGUCCCCAUGAAGACUAUGCCCAUCUGCAAAGCUGAGACACCCAUGGUGUCAUUUUUCCGCCUGGGUUCACCAUCACUGUCUAAAUCUCAGCUGAUGAACACUUUGAUCAACGACCGUCACAGCACCUUCUUCCACAGAAACUGCCCAGGUAGCACCAAGUCUCGCUAUCUGAUGGAUGGUGUGGCAGAGAUCGCCUGGUACUGCCCUGCUGGAAAACCCAGUGAUGCCUUCACUGAUUGCACUGCCUUCUGUAAUCUUCAUGGUGAUGCUCUGUCGAUUGAAAAACAGCGUGACAUACUGAUGGAAAAAUCUUCAGUCAAUAUUGUUCUUGUAUCAACUCAGGAAAAAGAUGACAAAAGUACUGCAGUUAUCUCAGACCUGUACAAGUCUCAAAAGCCCCUCAUUUGUCUCAUUGUUGAUAGUGAUUGUGGUGCAGUUCAGAUGAAAAAGGGAAAAUACAAAAUGGGUCUAAAAGACAGAAGCCACUCAGAUGUUUCUGAAGAACUGAUAGGAAUCAUUGCAAACAUUUUGUCUGGACCACAUGCAUCCUUCCAGCUAGAAACCAUGGCUGAGGUCUCUGGAAUCAGAGUGGAUGAAGAUGACAAAGUCUGCCAAAAAGGGAAAUCUGCUGCUAUGAAAAUAGUGAAUUUGCUUCAGGGGAUGGAUGUCUCAAAGAUCAAAGAUACAUUUCUCCCUUGUCAAGGCCAACUGUGGCACGAUUGGUGCAGAAUAAACAAAGAACUGUAUCACCUCAAAGGACACAUUGAGAAUGAGAAAUGUAAAAAGCAACAGGAAUUAAAACAAAUACGACAAGCUCAAUGCACUGCUUCCUGUAGCGAGCUGAUGAAGUUGUUCAUUGAAAGCCUCUCAUCUUUGCCAUCAACAGACAAAGAAUUUUUCCUGAAAUGGACUCAGAUCUUAAUAGAUUCGCUCUCCACAGAUGGUCUCUCUCUUAUUCUCCAAAGCUAUGAUGAAAAGUGGUCUGAGGUCUUGGCUUUGAAGAAGAAGCAUGACAAAUCUGAUCAGCUAAAAAAGAAACAAACUGAGCUCAAUCAAAUAUCAACAAAGCUACAGUCAGCAACUUUUGGCUUGGAGCACAUCUUUAGAGAAAUGGGACAGAUCUAUGAAGCCCAUGCAACUCUGCAGGAACGAACAAAGAGGGGACAGACUGACUGGUCUAAAUACCCUGAGCUGGCUGCAGAGCUGAUGAUAUCAGGACACCCAAUGGAGCUGAUGGAUGGUGAUGCAGGUCAUGUGCCUUUAACAUGGAUCUCUAGUCUUUUAGAUGAAGUCAUCAAGAAACUGGGCGACAAGAGAGUUUUUGUUUUGUCAAUUUUAGGCGUACAAAGCAGUGGAAAAUCCACAAUGCUGAAUGCCAUGUUUGGAUUACAGUUUGCAGUGAGUGCUGGCAGGUGCACCAGGGGUGCCUUCAUGCAGCUGGUUAAAGUGUCAGAGGAGAUCAAGGCAGACUUUCAGUUUGACUACAUUCUGGUGGUGGACACUGAAGGACUGCGUGCUCUUGAGUUGGAAGGUAACGCCACUCUUCACCACGACAAUGAACUGGCAACAUUUGUUGUUGGUCUGGGAAACACGACAUUGAUCAACAUCUUUGGAGAGAAUCCAGCUGAGAUGCAAGAUGUUCUGCAGAUUGUUGUUCAGGCUUUCAUGAGGAUGAAGAAAGUUAAACUUUCUCCAAGUUGUGUGUUUGUUCACCAGAAUGUUACAGAUAUUGCAGCUGCAGAGAAAAACAUGGAUGGAAAGAGACGCCUGCAAGAAAAACUUGACCAGAUGGCCAAACUAGCAGCCAAAGAGGAGGUGUGUGAUGCAGAGUGCUUCAAUGACGUCAUUGCAUUUGAUGCGCAGAAGGAUGUGAAAUACUUUGCCCAACUAUGGGAGGGAAGUCCACCUAUGGCUCCUCCAAAUCCAGGUUAUAGUGAGAGCAUCCAAGAGCUGAAGAGCAUCAUCCUCUCUAAAGCUUCACAGUCUGCUGGGAUUACUCUCUCACAGUUCAAAACUAAAAUUCAGGACUUGUGGAAUGCCCUGUUGAACGAAAACUUUGUUUUCAGUUUCAAAAACACACUUGAAAUUGCAGUGUACAGAAAACUUGAGGUCCAGUAUGGGAACUGGACCUGGGCCCUGAGGAGCAACAUGUUGACCGUUGAAAACCAGCUUUAUACCAGAAUUGAAAAUGGAAAACUUGACAAGGUCGAGCUCAGUUAUCUUUCUGAAGAAAUGAGCAAAACAUAUGGAGAAAUCAAAAAAGGUAUGACAACGUACUUUGAUGACGACAGAGACAAAGAAAUGUUGGUUCAGUGGCGCGGCCGAUUUGAGAUCAAAAUCAAGGAGUUUCAUGAUGAACACGUGAGAGGAGUUAAAAGAAAACUGGAUGAAGUUAUCCAGCAGAAGAAUGCUCGUAAAAAGCUAGAUGAUAAAAAGACAGAGUUUGAGAAGAAGCUGCUACAAAAGAGCAAAGAGCUCGCUCAUCAGUUAAAAGACAAGGCAAAAGAUGAAGAGGAACUUAAAAAGCACUUCGACUCUGUCUGGAGUGGCUGGGUUAGUGAAGUAACUGCAGAGACAAAACCUAUUGAUGAUAUCAACUUGAAAGAUGGUCAGUCAACUAUCCUUCAUGAGCUUGGUUUUGAAUUGUCUCUUAUACAUGAAUCCAAAAGCAGUGACAGCUACAAACACAUAUCAGAGGUUGGCGAUUACAGUCAUUAUGUAUCCUUCAUCAAGCAGCAAGAGCUCUGUGAGGGGAGCACAAGACAGAAAAGUCAACUAAAGAAAGUCACUGAAGUGGUUUCAGAAAUGAAACAUCAUUAUUAUUUUCAGCAUGAAGAACAGCAACUGAUCAGAUCCCUCAUUGACGAUGUUGAAAAACUGUCCCUUGAUGCAAUCAAAAGCAAGCCUGUAGCUGCAAGAGGCUACAGUCCAACUUACUUGCUUGAAGUGGCCAACGGUGUAAAAGAAAAAGUGACAGAGUUUGAAUCGAAGAGGAAAUAUGCUCUGAAGAAGGAGUUCACAGUUGAUCUCUUACUGUAUGUGUUUCAGAGAGCAGAGUGGUGGCUUUCAGAGUCCCACAAGAAAUUCAAAAUGAACAACGACGCACUCACUUAUUUAGAAACCAAGAAAAUGCAAUAUUACAACGUUUUCAGAAGUUUCUGCAAAGGAAGCUCAUCUGCUGUUGUGCUUGGAGAACUGAUCUGUGAAAAACUGAAGGUUUCCACUGUUGAGGCUGUCUGUAACAAGACUGCCAUUGAUCUCGCUGGAGAGAUGAAGUGCAAUUUCCCAGCAUUCAAUGGGAACAGGCUGAACUUGGAGAAACAUGUGUUGAAGUCGUUGGCAGAGAAAGAGGACUUUGAUGGUUUCAUCACCUACAUCCGAGACCCAAGGAAGCAAGCAGAGACUUUCAUAAAAGAGGAAGUAAAGAAAUACAUCGACACAAAAAACAAAGAAGCACAGAAUAUUCUCCAGAAAAAUGUUGAAGAAAUCAGUAAGUUUGUGAGUCGAGCUUUAUUUACUGCAACAGCGCAAGUUACAACUCUGAGAGGAGACACAGACAUGUGGGUGGAGGAAGUUUCCAGUUUGCUAAAAGAUGAGCUAACAUUUGACACCAUCUGUUGUCAAAACUUCAGUGACAUAAACAAUUUUGACUUUCUUAAAGAAGAGAUAGAGAAAGGUCUUGUUUCCAUCAUGGAGGAAGUAAGCAGCCUCUCACUGGAUAAGAUGAAGGAAUUCAGGAUGAAGCCAGAUCAAAUCCUCAUCGAUCAGCUGUGUAAGUGCUGCUGGGUAACGUGUCCAUUCUGUGCAGCUGUUUGUACCAACACCCUGGAAGAUCACAGUCCUGAUGACCAUAACGUGCCUUUUCAUCGAUCUCCUGCAGUCAGUGGUAUGCACUACAAAAACACAGUGGAGCUGAGUGUUGACUUCUGCACAACAAAAGUUGCAAGUGAUGGAAGUUUUUACCCUCAUCACGAUUCAGAGAAGCUCAUUCCCUUUAAACAGUACCGAACUGCCGGCCCAAGGUAUGCUAACUGGAGAAUUACCGCUGAUACGUCUCAGCUGAAAUAUUGGACAUGGUUUGUGUGUCGAUUUCAGAAGCAACUGGAAGACCACUAUAAAUUAAAAUUCGAGGGCAGAGGAAAGAUUCCCAGCCAGUGGAAAGCACACUCUAAAGAAGAAGCUAUUAAAAGUCUGGAUGAAAUGUUCGGCCUGUGAGUGAACCAACACAACUACAGCCGGCUGAAAAUCCUGAUACUUGUUUUCGCUACUUUUACUGAUUUUAUCAUUGAAAGGUGAAUUGGUCUGCGAGUAAUAGAUGUGGACAAUCACUGAAUCAUUACAAACUACAGGCGAAUAGUUUUUAAGAGAGAGAAAGGACUGAUGAAAUUGUUGCAUGUAAUGAUGGAUAUUUUUAAGUCUUAUUAAAUCAAAAUACAUGAAAUGGGGGGGGGGGGGCUGAGAGACAGAAAUGAUAAACCUUUAUACAAUAAGGAAUGGAAGACAUAUUUCGUUGUACCUGUUUGACUAAUUUCUAAAAAUCAGUAUUGUCUGUUUGUAUUCUUGUAGGUCUUAAAUCUCUACAUCAUUUUAAAUUGAGUCAUGUUAAAGAAGACAUCGACCAUAACUGAUGAUGGAUGCUUUAUGUUUCUGAAGUAUCUGAAGUGUUCAGCUGUGUUUUGUUUUUCUCAUUUCAACCAAUAUGCUGUUAAAUCCACGAGCAUGAGUUUUGCUGUUUUGUUUAUUUGGAAUCUCGGUGUGUGCUUUACUGAUGUAAACAACGUAAGUCGUAGAGAAGAAGCCUGUUGAGUUCAACCUCUCCUGUUAUUAACGAGCAUAAAGAGUUAUAAUAAACAUUACUACUUCA